ACGUCUGGGUGUUUUAUUAAUUUUUCAUAAAUAAAAAUUAAAACUAAAUGAGCACAAAGUGACACAAUGUUUGUACUCUACGAAACGCCGGCGGGCUACGCCAUUUUCAAGCUGAUGGAUGAAAAGAAGCUCGAACAGGUCGAUAAUCUGUACUUGGAAUUCGAGACUCCGGAGAAGGCGAACAAAUUGCUGAAAUUGAAGCAUUUUGAGAAAUUCAACGACACCACAGAGGCGCUGGCCGCCGCCACGGCAGCGGUCGAAGGCAAGGUAGCCAAGCCCCUCAAGAAAACGCUGAAAAAGUUGCUAAUCGACGAAGUGCAGUCGCCCUUGCUCGUGGCCGAUGCCAAACUGGGAACAGCCAUCAAGGACAAGCUAUCGGUGCAGUGUGUGUACAACACUGGCGUCCAGGAGCUGAUGCGUUGCAUCCGCCAGCAGGCGGACAGUCUGCUGGGCGGUCUGCCCAAGAAGGAGAUGACGGCCAUGGCCCUGGGUCUGGCGCACUCUCUGUCACGCUACAAGCUGAAGUUUUCGCCCGACAAAAUCGAUACCAUGAUUGUGCAGGCCCAGUGUCUGCUCGAUGAUCUGGACAAGGAGCUGAACAACUAUAUGAUGAGGGCCAGGGAAUGGUACGGCUGGCACUUUCCCGAGCUGGGAAAGAUCAUAACCGACAAUGUUGCCUUUGUGAAGACCAUUAAGCUGGUGGGCACCAGGGACAAUAUGGCGGCCGCCGACUUGUCCGAUAUCCUACCCGAAGACGUUGAGGAGAAGGUGAAGGAGGCAGCCGAAAUCUCGAUGGGCACUGAGAUCUCCGAGGAGGAUGUCCUGAACAUUCAGUGCUUGUGCGAUGAGAUUAUCUCCAUCAACGACUAUCGCACGCAUUUGUACGACUACCUCAAGGCACGCAUGAUGGCCAUGGCACCCAAUCUUACGGUGCUGGUCGGCGACACAGUCGGUGCCCGUCUCAUUGCCCAUGCCGGUUCGUUAAUCAACCUGGCCAAGCAUCCCUCAUCAACAGUACAAAUUCUGGGCGCCGAAAAGGCCCUCUUCCGUGCCCUCAAAACCAAAAAGGACACCCCCAAAUAUGGUCUUAUCUAUCACGCCCAGCUGGUGGGACAGGCGAGCCAAAAGAACAAGGGAAAAAUGUCACGUUCGCUGGCGGCCAAAGCAUCGCUGGCCACCCGCGUGGAUGCCUUCGGUGAGGAGGCGACCUUUGAGCUCGGUGCGGCGCACAAGGUGAAGCUGGAGGCUCGUCUUCGCCUACUGGAGGAGGGCAAUCUGCGAAAGUUGUCUGGCACGGGCAAGGCCAAGGCCAAGUUUGAGAAAUAUCAAGCCAAGAGUGAGGUGUUCACGUAUCAACCCGAGGCGGAUAACACAUUAAAUGUGAAGAAACGCAAACACUCGGAGGCCGAAGAAGAGGAGAGCACACCAGUCAAGAAGGAGGUCAAGGAGGAGCCAGCCGAAGAGGAGGCGGAACUAAAGUCCGAGAAGAAGAAAAAGAAGAAGAAGAAGCAAAAGGAUGAAGAGGCACCCGAGGAGGAGCCCAAGCCUGAGCCCGAGCCCGAAGAGGCACCAACUCCAGCCAAGAAAAAGAAAAAGUCCAAGAAGGAGCAGCAGGAAUAAAGACUCUUGGCUCUUUGAGGGGGGAUAGUUUUUAGGCUCUUAACUUGUAGCAUUUCAUUAUACAUUAGGAGAACAGUAAUAUAUAAUUAUCAGCCAGAGUAAAGUU